UCGAUAUUUCUCGUCACCCAGAUGUUCAGCUGCAUCAACCGCGUGGCGAUCCCGCACUUUGUCGGGAGCCGAUCUCUCUUCGAGUCCCGGGAGCGCCACUCUCAGACGUACUCCUGAUCCGUGUUCGUGGGCCCCAACAUCCUCGUUGAACUUCUCUGGCAGACGGCGGUAGCGGUCCCGGUCUCUGCCGCGUGGUACUAUCCCACGGGCCUGGGCUUUAACGGCGACGCCACCUUGAGUACUGCCGCGAGAGGCGGUAUAUCGUUCUUGCUGAUUUGGCUGUUCCUCUCGUGGGUCAGCACCAUUUCCCAGCUAUUUGCAGCUCUCUUUGAGCACGCCAAUAUAGCCAUGGAUAUUUGCGUCCUGUUCUACUGGCUAACCCUGGUGUUUUGCGGUGUUCUGGCAACGCCCAGCGAGCUACCCAGAUUCUGGAUAUUUAUGUACCGCGUCUCUCCACUGACCUACUUCCUCGAAGGCUUAGCGGUAGCCGGACUGUACAACGUCCGGAUGCAGUGCUCCACUGUCGAAGAGCUACACAUACCACUUGCGAUAGAGUCGGGAGCGAGAAAUUGCGGUGAGUACCUCUCGGCGCUAGCGCAGCGCACGGGAGCCGAGGUCUUGAAUCCUGAUUCUAGCGAUGGGGAUUGCCUGCUUUGCCCUAUCUCUGGCGUCAAUACCGUCCUGCAGCAAUUUGGUAUGACUGUCAGUCCGUGGCGGGAUGUGCGAUUGAUGGCUGCGUAUGUCUGUUUUAAUAUCGCGGGGACAUUUCUAGUCUAUUGGCUUGUUCGAACCCCGAAAAAACAGGGCAGGGUCGGGAAGAAGAGGGAAAUGAGUAAAUGUAUAACUACGGUAAUACCGAGCUCGGGGUAAAUAGAUUUUUCGGUGGCCUUUAAAUAUGCCCGUAUUAAAAAAGAAAAAAGGAAAAGGCCUAUAGAAAUUUUCGGACGGGGAAAACAAAGGGUUCACAAUACAAAUUUUCAGAAUUCUACAA